AUGGACUUGGACCAAAAGGGUCCAUCUCUGCGCAUCGGACGGUCGGGGCAUGGAGGGGUGAAUCAGCUGGGUGGGGUGUUUGUAAACGGGCGGCCCUUGCCUGAUGUGGUGAGGCAGAGGAUAGUAGAGUUGGCCCAUCAGGGCGUACGUCCGUGUGACAUCUCCCGCCAGCUCCGGGUCAGCCACGGCUGCGUCAGCAAGAUACUGGGCAGGUAUUAUGAGACGGGCAGCAUCAGACCAGGGGUGAUCGGAGGCUCCAAACCAAAGGUUGCUACACCCAAAGUCGUCGACAAAAUCGCUGAUUACAAACGCCAAAACCCCACCAUGUUUGCCUGGGAGAUCCGAGACAGACUGCUGGCAGAGAGAGUGUGUGACAAUGACAGCGUGCCCAGCGUCAGCUCAAUCAACAGAAACACAUAUUCAUUCAUUCGCACUAAAGUCCAGCAACCACCUGGCCAAUCAGGAGCUGUCUCUGCCCAUAACUUAGCCUCUACAGUGGCAGUGACCCAGGUAUCUGCUGUAACCAGUGAUGCUGCAGGCUCCUCCUACUCCAUCAGUGGAAUUCUGGGAAUUAGCUCACCCGCCGACGCAAACAAACGAAAGAGAGAUGAAAUUCUACAGGAUUCUCCUUUGGCGAAUGGCCACGCCCACUCAGGGCGGGACUUCCUGCGGAAGCAGAUGCGAGGAGAGCUCUUUACACCGCAGCAGCUCGAGACAUCUGAUUACUCGGCUAUGGCGUCUUUGGCUGGCGGACUGGAGGAGAUGAAGAACAGCUUGGCCAAUCAGACGGGAGCAGAACUGGGUUCCACUGUUGCAGGGCCUCAAUCGUAUCCACUUGUGUCUGGUCGCGACCUGGCCAGCACCACGCUCCCUGGUUACCCUCCUCAUGUUCCUCCAACUGGGCAGGGUAGUUACUCCACACCCUCCCUCACAGGGAUGGUACCUGGAGGAGAUUUUUCUGGCAGUCCUUAUUCCCAUCCGCAGUAUUCAACAUACAACGAGUCUUGGAGAUUUGCAAACCCCAGUCUACUAGUGUUCCAGCAGGAGUACGGUUCUUUACUGGGCUCGGAGAGAGCAGCUUCAUCGGGUCUAUUCCCUGGCCAAACCCCACAACCUACAGGAUCUCCAUACUACUAUAGCGCAGCCACACGGGGAGCAGGAACGGCUGCCACAGCAACUGCCACUGCCUAUGACCGCCACUGACCAGCCGGACAGAGGAGAGGAGGAAUGGUGGAGGAGUGGGCCAAACAAAAAGAAAAGAGGAGUGAGAACGGAUUGAUAGCAGCCACACAAGACUGUCUACACUUAGAAGCAAAGAAAUGAAGGAGGAGCAGGAAGGAGGAAGGAGAAAGAAGAAAGAAAGAAGAGGUGACAAUGUUUUCCUGCCGAUUACAAUCAAUGGUCCAAUCAGUAUUUUCAACUGAUGUUUCUAAUUUCUGUUGAUUAGUGGAAAGUAUACACCCAUUCACCUGUAUUCCUGUGGUCUCAGCUCACACUAAAUCUGUUAUUGCUUUGAUUUAUCUUCUGUCAUUAAAGCCUUGC